CCCUCUCUCUAUCUUUUCUCUCUGUUUAUUCUGGGUCGGAGCCGUACGGACUUCAGUCUUCAAACAAACCUGAACUUUCUGUCUUUCGUUUACGAAAUCAAACUGCACACAAGCCCAAACACACAAACACAAAGAGAACCUGUAGUAAGGAAAUCAACCUGCUCGCAAGCACGCACGCAAACACCGAAGAGAACCUGUAGUAAGGAAAUCAACCUGCUCGCAAGCACGCACACAAACACGAAGAGGACAAGCUACAGCAUUGUUUACAAAGAAAUAAAAAAAACAAAUACAGUUUUAAAAAUAAAAUCAGAACCCAGACCAUGGAUCGAGCUGUGAGACUGGUGGGGGUCCUGCUGUUUCUCUGGGUGUGUCAGACUGUCGCUUUGGUUCUGGGGACCCCCGCUACCAUCCCACUGUUCGGGGACAUACGAUCCCCAAAUUAUCCCAAGGCGUACCCUGCAUCUAAUCGUACUGAGUGGGAGCUUGCUGUUCCCAAGGGGUUCCUCCUCAAACUCAGAUUCAAGUACUUUGACGUGGAGCCCUCUGUGGACUGUCACUACGACCACGUGGAGGUCAUAUAUCAUAGGAGGCUUCUGGGCAAAUUCUGUGGGCAGAAAGGCUCUCUGAUUGGUCGAUACCCUGAUAGUGAACCAAUCAUGUCACCCGGGAACAGCCUGAAAGUGAUCUUCCAAUCAGAUUUCUCCAAUCAGGAGAGACACCUGGGGUUCCUCGCACAUUAUCAAGCCAUUGAUAUCGAUGAGUGCUCUCUACCGACCAAUAAGGACGAAAGCCCGCAAUGUCAACACCUGUGUCACAAUGUAGUGGGCGGGUACUUCUGCUCCUGUCACCGUGGUUACCAGCUACAAUCUGACAACAGCAGCUGUGAAGUGCAGUGUGAUGGGGAGGUGUUUCGGGAGGAGCAGGGGGUCAUUUCCUCUCCCCUGUACCCCAAUGCCUACCCUCCCACCCUAUCCUGCCGUUAUCAGCUGCGCCUGGAGCGGGGAUUCUUGGUCACGCUGCACUUCACGGGACUCUUUCAGGUCGAUCACUACAAGGAGAAAGAGUGUCCCUACGACACCCUGCAGAUUGUUAUUCCUGGAAAAGAUCCUCAGACGUACUGUGGAAACAAAAGUCCUGGGACUAUUGAAACCGAGAGCCACUCAGUGGAUAUCAUUUUCCGUACGGAUGAAUCCGGAUACAGCAAAGGAUGGAGGAUCGAAUACAGCUCAAGCGUGAGUCAGAAACUCAUUCAUUUAGUCAUUCAAAGCGAAAUCUCUUUGCCAUGCACUUCCAUUGGGACUCCCAAUCUGAAUAGUUUCCCAUUAUAUUUCAACAUGGAAUCCUCCCUGUGCUGUACACAAGAAAUAAUCAUUUCUCUAAUUGCAGGUGUGAAGUGUCCAAUGCCGGUUCAAUUUCCGAAUGGGAAAAUUACUCCAGUUUUUGAGGAAUAUCAUUAUCGAGACUACAUCAAAGUGCGAUGUAACGUGGGGUACAAGAUGAUGUCUCAUGGUCAUGAGAUCAAAGAUUUCCUCUCGGUGUGUCAGAAUGAUGGGACAUGGCACCUUCCUCUGCCUCAAUGCCACAUCGUGGACUGUGGUGUGCCGCUGUCUUUGCUGAAUGGGAGGAUCGAGUACUCAGUCGGCAGAGAGUCUGAAAAUGUCUACCAGUCUGUUAUCAAAUACCACUGCAAUGAGCCAUACUACAAGAUAGUACCAGCCUCGACUGGGGAGGGAAAUGAGUUUGUCUGUUCGGCUCGCAGGAAGUGGGAGGAUGCAAAUCAGAACAAAGUCAUUCCAACAUGCUUGCCAGUGUGUGGGAAGCCCCAUAACCCCAUAACCAAGCUCCAGCGCAUUCUGGGAGGCAGCACAGCACCGCGAGGCAGCUUCCCUUGGCAGGUGCUGCUGGUCAGUGCUGGGAGAGCUGGGGCUUUCCUGAUCACUGACCAGUGGAUAAUGACGGCUGCGCACAACAUCUACCCAAAACAUAAAAAUCAGGGAGACAGCCUGCAAGACCUUGCCCAGUCCAUCGAGAUCCACCUGGGGGACACCAAUGUGGAGAGCCUGACCUACAUGCCUCGCCUGGAGAUCGAGGGCAUCUUCGUGCAUCCCGGCUUCCAAACAGGGGCUCUGCAGUUCAACAAUGACAUUGCGCUGAUCAAGCUGCGGCACCGCGUCACAGUGAACGAGACUGUCAUGCCUCUCUGCCUCCCUGCCGCUGGCUCCCUGUACCAGCCCGACGUGAUGGGCUACGUCUCUGGCUGGGGCAUCACAGAGGGUUAUAAACUCUCCAACCACCUCAAGUACGUGGCGCUGCCUGUGGUGGACCUGCGCCAGUGCAAUAACUCCAUCCAGUCGCAAAAGAAUAGCCACAAGAUGGCGGGCAUUCCACAGCUCACUGACAACAUGUUCUGCGCAGGGAGAGUGGAGGGGGGCGAGGACACCUGCUCGGGGGACAGUGGGGGUGCCUUCACCCUGCUCAGGGAGGUUGAGGGGGGUGCAGAGGAGUUCUAUGCAGCAGGGAUUGUUUCCUGGGGAUUAGAUUGUGGGAAGAAGGGGAACUAUGGGGUUUAUACCAGAGUGGAGCGAUACCUGAGCUGGAUACAGCAGACUAUCCAGGGGAACUGAGACCUUCCUCUCUCUCCCCUCUCUCUCCACCUCCCCUCUUCCCUCUCUCUUCUCCCUCCUCUCUCUCUUCCCUCCCUCUCCUCUCUCUCUUCCCUUCUCCUCCCUUCCCUCUCCUCACUAGAGGCCAAUGCUAGCAGGACCACACAAUUUAACACACAAAAACCCUGCUAGAGCAACAGUAUAUAUAUACUCUCAAUUCUAAAAGGACAUUUUGUAAAAUGAUUUCAAUAAAAACAAUUAAAAUAUAGAAAUAAUGUAAUCUGUUGCUAUUGUUUUAUAAUUGUACUCUGUCUCUCUCUCUCUCUCUCUGUUGUUGUUUUGCUCCCCUGAGCUGAAUCAGAGCUUCUACAGCAUGGCACUGCUAUCAUACCCCCAGCUGCUGCAGGUAGUAACAGGACGAUGGCUGUCUGUCUGUCUAGUUCACAUGAGUGACAGAAAGCCUCAAGGAGUGAGGCAGCGUGUGUGCCUACUUGUUUUGUUGAGCUCUGGAAGGGUAGUGUAAUUACUAACCACGAUGAUUCCGAUGCUAAUGUAAAACUGACUGUGGGAAGAAUUGUAUUAUCUAACAGUUUCCAAAUAAAGUUCAUUUUAAACCCUCAA